AUGGAACCCCUCAUAUUUACAGACACUGAAAUUCAACUGGGCACAGAGCGAAGCCGUAAAUACCAAGGGAUAGCUAAGAUUGAUCUACAACAAAUCCGUUUCCACCCAGACUCAUCGCGGGCCAUAGAGCCGAAAAAUAUAACCCGACUCUGUGAGAUUUUUCGAAAAGAGGGCUGCCGUCGAUAUGACAUCCAAAACCACAUUACUGCGGUUGUCUCCGCAGAGGCUUUACAGACCGCACUCAACACAGCACGGAAGACCCCUGAUGACCUCCUAACUGCCGCGCCUAAUAAUUUCCCCCAUCUUCAUUUCUCCACCGGCGGGGUUCUCUGUCUCCAUGGCUUACAUCGUGUUCGAGCUGGCGCUGAAGUUCUUCCGGAAGGAGAUCGAUGGUGGAGUGUGGAUCUCUACCUUGAUGAUAUCAGCGUCGAGUUGCGCACUGCACUAAUUGAGGAAUAUAGCAACGAAAGACAACCUAGUGACGGGGAGAUUUACCGCAAGAUCCGCCAAUAUCAACAAGAGCACAAUGCUCGCUUCCAGAAACGGUGGUGGGCCAGGUUGUCACCAAACAAAGCCAAGCGCCUUCGUCAGCUUCAAAAGAACAUCGAUAUCAGUUCCGCGUUUGAUGGUCUUCUGCCGAUCUCGGGGAUCUGGGGUGGUAUGAGCAUAGGGAAGCUCGCCAAGGUGAUGGCUCUUGACAGCGAUGAGGAGAUUGUGAACUACCUGACCUGUCACGUCAAGCAAUUCUGGGCCGCGCUCGUCAGCCCCGAUGCCGCUCAUCCUGACCUUGCGGCCAUGAUGAAGAUCGAUUCACACACGGUGAAGAUGCUGGAAUUGAUGGCCCCAGGAGUUUCUCAGGAGGAUGCGAGAAGCGUGCAUGGUUGGGUGGUUAGCGGCGAGGUUCUCGGUGCAUUCAGUGCCACCGAGAGAAGCCAUAUGUGGGAACGAUUGCAACAGUUCGACGGUUUGAUUCCAUCUCUGCACACAUUUUUUCGGGAUGUAGACUUUCUGCAGCCAUGCGCCCACGCGGUUAAAAGGCUCUUUCCCCUGUCUAAGUACAGCCCAACUUUGCGGUCCGCAAUGAGCCAUCACUAUAUGCGGCCAGCGCUGAACGAAGACGAAUGCCUUGUCCAGACCUCCGAAUCCCGGGUUGAGCGCCGUGGCCACACUGGCGCAAAUCAUGUGGAGCUGGCUUAUCGGCAGGUGUGGCUGUACGCCAUGCGCCAUUACCCUAAUAUGGCCAAAGACCCCGAGGGCGACGAUCUAUUGGCGAAGCCAGCUAGCGAGAAAGCGGACGAGACUGUCGUCUACGAUAUGGCCGUCCUUGCACGGAAGCUGGGAUUUACAUCUCCCAGCAUCCAGGAUAUUAUAGACCGGUCUCCAGAUAGACAGAUCGCAGUGCAUUGCUUACUGAAAGCUAGGAAACCAGACAGUUAUGAAUACUCGGCCGAUGUGUUCGAGCAGUCAGUCCGCCGCAUUGUCGAGUGCUUCGAUGCGGCCACACCACGCAAUUACACACCGCAUUCACAUUCUCUGGUCAGUUUUCCUGCCACCCGAAGGGCUCGGUGUGGCCUUCCGUCCACGCAGUCUCAGAUAAACGACAGCCGAUUUCUCUUCAUUGAUCGCUUGCACAGCACUGCUUCACCAACCGAAAUUGUUUCGACAUUAUACGUGCGGCGAUGCGUUUAUUUCGCCUUUCUUGGGAAGUUCUCCCUAUCGCUGCAACCCCCUGCAGGAAGCUCAACAAGGCAGGCCGAUCCUGGCACCCCAUUUUCCCCAUUAUUUGUCCCUAAUGAUGAACCAAAGGGGGAUUUGGGACCUGGAGUCACUGGCCGAACGUCAGAUACGGAGAUGGAAGACCGUGGACAUCCGGAAGAGGAGACCCAUCAGCCAGUAGAACAGCGACUACCCGAUGAGGCGCACCUGUCGAGGGAAACGGAUGCUUUAGCUGGAGAAGGAGAGCGAUUACAACAGGAAACAGAUGCCAACCAAGCGCGGUCAGAAGCCGAAGUCCCCAGACAAUCUUGUUCACAGCAAGAAGCAGAAGGAGGGGCUGCCGAUCAGGACCGCCUCCGACGAGAAGAAGGGGAAAGGACAAUUGCAGCUGAACGUGAACGUGAACGUGGUCGUAAGGAAGAGGAGGAGAAAGCGGCGGCUGAAGCGGCCGAACGAAAGCGGCUACAAGAAGAGGCCAUUGCGGCUGAGCAAGCCCGUUCGCAGCGAGAAGCAGAAGAGCGGGCUGCCGAUCAAGACCGUCUCCGACGAGAAGAAGAGCAAAGAGCAAUUGCAGCUGAACGUGAACGUGAACGUGAACGUGGUCGUAAGGAAGCGGAAGAGAAAGCAGCAGCUGAAGCGGCCGAACGAAAGCGGCUGCAAGAAGAGGCCAUUGCGGCUGAGCAAGCCCGUUCGCAGCGAGAAGCAGAAGAGCGGGCUGCCGAUCAAGACCGUCUCCGACGAGAAGAAGAGCAAAGAGCAAUUGCAGCUGAAGUGGCCGAACGAAAGCGGAUGCAAGAAGAGGCCAUUGCGGCUGAGCAAGCCCGAUCGCAGCGAGAAGCAGAAGAGCGGGCUGCCGACCAAGACCGUCUCCGACGAGAAGAAGAGCAAAGAGCAAUUGCAGCUGAACGUGAACGUGAACGUGGUCGUAAGGAAUCGGAAGAGAAAGCAGCAGCUGAAGCGGCCAAACGAAAGCAGAUGCAAGAAGAGGCCAUUGCGGCUGAGCAAGCCCGAUCGCAGCGAGAAGCAGAAGAGCGGGCUGCCGACCAAGACCGUCUCCGACGAGAAGAAGAGGAAAGAGCAAUUGCAGCUGAACGUGAACGUGGUCGUAAGGAAGCAGAAGAGAAAGCAGCAGCUGAAGCGGCCAAACGAAAGCGGAUGCAAGAAGAGGCCAUUGCGGCUGAGCAAGCCCGUUCGCAGCGAGAAGCAGAAGAGCGGGCUGCCGACAAACACCGUCUCCGGAAAGAAGAAGAAAGAGCAAUUGCAGCUGAACGUGAACGUGAACGUGGUCGUAAGGAAUCGGAAGAGAAAGCAGCAGCUGAAGCGGCUGAACAAGAGUGGCAACGUCAAGAAUUGAUUUCCGCAGAAGAGGAGCGUAUUGCGCAGGAAAGAGCCAUCACUCUAGCUCAGUUAGAACAGGAUGAUGAGGCUGUCUCGUUGCCGCCAGAUGCAGGUCCAGUAGAAGAACCUAGGUCAAACACUAACGCUGAUUUACCCAUUGACCUGCCCAGUUUUAUCACCAGAUUACGUGAAGGGCUGCGCCAGGAUCACUCCAUCAGUUUGGAGCCAAAUGAAACUGCAACGCCAACUUCGGCAGAGGACCAAUACCAGAAUGCCAUGAAAGCGCGAGUUGUAGAAGAUCCAACCAACGGCUUGUCACUAUCGCAGACAAUAACAGCAGAAGAAGAGCAGGUAUUAGCUCCCUUUGAACCGCUCACUGUCGACCAAGAUCGCCUGGAGCGGCGAGGAGAAAGUCUGACUCGAGCCAGUCGGUCAGGGAAUGAGAGGUUAGAGAAUACGACGCGAGCAGGAGAGGAAGACAACGAGAACUGUACCCCGAGUCGCGGCGCGGAGAGCGAGGAGGUGUGUCUCAAUAGAUCGAACGAGGAGCCGGAUCUAGCGGCGACUAUGCUCCCUGGAUACUCGAAUUUCCCUUCAGAAGGAGCCUCGGAGACCAGAGGACGAGAUCAGGGAGCCGAGCUCGCUUCUCUAGGCAAACUCACGGAUAAACUGUUGCCGCAGGCUACCGUAACACGCAGAAAGCCGAGGCCAAAGGGCAUUUUGAAAAAUGUAAAAUCUGCCAAAGCUAGGAGUGGCUCUGCGAUCAAGCCACGGGAAUCAUCAUUUCACCCGUCGUUUGAAAUGCCCGAUCUGCCUGCGUGGCCGGGCAACAAUCAGAGUUAUGAAGAGGACAUCGGCGCUGAUACGAUGUCGACGCUAGGGCAAGUUGAGCCUCCUGUAUCUACAAUUUCCAGUCUCUGGAGAGAGCGCAGAUCACAACUGGCGAACAAAGCCGCGCAAACAUCAUUCCAGCGCAACAAUGGGGUUUCGGCCCGUCAACAACACAUAUCCAUACCUCAUAACAAUCGUGGAGUGGGUCUGAACCGUACGAUGAGCUUCCGGGUGUGGAACGGACGCCAAUGGAAAGAAAUUGAACGUAUUACCCUCGACAGAUCCGACCCGUUCCGUGUCAAGCGCGUGGCUGAUCGGUACGAAAGGCACGAGCAUGCGGAAUUUUAUGACAAGAACAUGCAUAAGAUCGCGGCUGCGAAAUGUGAUCAGGCGGCGCAGGCAGAGGGAACGAACUGUAUCUUCAUGCUCUUCAAAGAUGGCCCACUGGAGCGUCCAAUCACUCGCGCUAUGGCGACGGCCGCCGAAGGAGUGUCCGAGCUGGACAGACACCGGAAGCGAGCACAUUGA